UUUUUUUUUUUUUUCUUGUGUUCCAGUCAGAGGUUUGCUAUAAAAGCCUGAGCUGCCUCCCUGUCACUCUGCUCUACUGAGACCACACUGUCCAACAUGAAGCUUCUCCUCCUUGCGGCGCUGCUGGGAUGCCUCGCCACCGUGUUCGCUGCCCCUGCUAACAGCGUGAAGUGGUGCGUCAAGUCGAGCCAAGAACAUCUGAAAUGCUCGGCCCUCGCUGCUCAAGCCCCUGGAUUCUCCUGCGUGAGAAGAGAAAACUCCCUGGAGUGUAUCAUUGCAAUUAGGGCUGAUGAGGCAGACGCCAUCACUUUGGAUGGAGGGGACAUCUACACUGCUGGACUGAACAACUACAACCUGCAUCCCAUUAUUGCCGAGGAAUACGGCUCCUCUUCAGACACCUGUUACUAUGCUGUUGCUGUGGCAAAGAAAAACACAGGAUUCGGCUUCCAAGACCUCAGAGGAAAGAAAUCCUGCCACACUGGUUUGGGGAAAUCUGCAGGCUGGAACAUUCCCAUAGGAACUCUGGUGGCCAUGAAUUUAAUUCAGUGGCAAGGCACUGACGACCAACCUGUGGAGGAGGCGGUGAGUGAAUUCUUCCUGAAAAGCUGUGCCCCAGGGGCAACAAGGGGCACCAAACUGUGUGAGCUGUGCAAGGGAGACUGCAGCAGGUCCCACACGGAGCCUUACUAUGGUUACGACGGUGCUUUCCAGUGUCUGGUGGAUGAUGCUGGAGAAGUGGCUUUUGUGAAGCAUCUCACUGUCCCAGAUUCUGAAAAGGCCAACUAUGAGCUGCUGUGCAAGGAUAACACCAGAGCGCCUAUUGACAGCUAUAAAACCUGCAACCUGGCCAGGGUACCAGCUCAUGCUGUUGUCACCCGCAAGAACCCUGAGCUGGCUGAAUUAAUCUGGACAAUGCUCAACUCAACUUUACCUCAACAGGGUGUGAACCUUUUCGCUUCUGAAGCCUAUGGUGCCAAGAACCUGAUGUUCAAGGACUCAGCGACGAGGCUGGUGAAGCUGCCCCCGAACACAGACUCCUACCUGUAUCUGGGUGCCGAAUACAUGAGCGUCGUCCGUUCCCUUAAGCAAGAUAGGGUGCCAAGUUCUGUGCCCACUGGCAUUAAAUGGUGUGCUGUGGGCAAAACUGAGUCCGACAAGUGUGACAUGUGGAGCAUCAACAGUAUAGAAAAUAACGUCACAUCCAUAGAGUGCGAGAAUGCCCCCUCAGUUGAAGAGUGCCUUGGAAAGAUUAUGCAUAGUGAGGCUGACGCAAUGGCAGUAGAUGGAGGACAAGUGUUCACAGCUGGAAAGUGUGGUCUGGUUCCUGCUAUGGUGGAGCAGUAUGAUGCAGACUCGUGUGGCAACUCUGGAGCCACAGCCUCCUCUUACUAUGCUGUUGCUGUGGUAAAGAAAGGUUCAGGGGUGACUUGGGAAAACAUGCAAGGAAAGAGGUCUUGCCACACAGGCAUCGGUAGAACUGCUGGCUGGAACAUCCCCAUGGGUCUCAUCCACAAAAGAACUGGAGACUGUGACUUCACAAAAUUCUUCAGCGGCAGCUGUGCCCCUGGAGCAGAUCCCAACUCUAAGCUCUGUGCUCAUUGUGCUGGCACUGGAAAACCUGGGGGUGAUGAGUUCAAAUGCAAAGCCAGGGCUGAAGAGAAAUACUACGGCUACGCUGGAGCUUUUAGAUGUCUUGUGGAGGGUGCUGGUGAUGUUGCCUUCAUCAAACACACAACCGUUCUGGAAAACAGUGAUGGUAACAGUCCAUCAUGGGCUCCUGGUUUGCAGUCUGCUGACUACGAGCUGAUCUGCCCUGGGGGGGGUUCAGUGCCAGUCUCUGAAUACAGCAGGUGCCACUUGGCUAAAGUACCUGCACAUGCUGUGGUGACUCGGCCAGAGAUUCGCAACAAGGUGAUCGGCAUUCUCAAGAAGCAGCAGGACCAGUUUGGAACUGGCAGUGAUUCCUUCUUCAAACUGUUCCAAUCAGAAGGAGGAAAGAACCUUCUCUUCAAGGACUCCACUAAAUGUCUCCAGGAAGUUCCAUCUGGAGAAAACUAUGAAAAGUUUUUGGGACCAGAGUACAUGGCUGCCAUGAAUUCACUCAGAACGUGUGGUGACACUGCUUCAGAUCUGGAGAAAAUUUGCACUUUCCAUUCCUGUCAGCAAAAUAACUAGUGGUGACCGUGGACCAUGUGGUGCCUCAGAUGGCUCUCAGUGAUUUGGGCACCUUACCCACACUCGACCCAAAAAUUGCAUUGACUACUUUCUUACCAGUCACUAGCUGCUGACCUGUUUUUAGAAGAACAAACAUUCUGUUUGAACAAAAUGUCACAUUGUCUUUGUUAUUGGAUCAGACAUAUUUUGUUGACACGUGCCUCACUUUUCUCAAAUAAAGCCUUUUUAUUGCUC